AUGAAUCCACUGUUCUUCUACCUUUUUGUAGCAUUGAUAGGCACAGGUAACUGUAUAACCUGUGAAUGUACUAACUGUGAUACUGCUACUACCUGUGAAACUAAAACUACAGAAUCCUGCUAUGGAUUAGCAGUAGCACACAGCCUAGGAAGCUCCCCCACAACAUAUAAAGAGCAGGGCUGUAUGCCUAGUUCUGACUGUAAAGAUGGGAGCGUUAGUGUAACGGUGGGAAAAGGAAUUUAUAUGAGGACCAAUACCAGGUGCUGCAUAACAAACAACUGCAAUACAGUCCCUGAAGUGCCAAAAGAAGACAUAACAGUCAGCAAAGUGGAAUGCCCUUCAUGUUUUGGUCUCUAUCCUGCCUCCUGCGAGCCUACAAUGAUGACCUGCGCUCAGUCAGAGAACCAAUGCAUCAACAUUACUGGCGCUAAUAUAGCAUCAAUUGUCCAAAUACCUUUUUCGGCUCGAGGGUGUGCUUCACCUUCGGCCACCAACAUUCAACCACAUUUGGGUCUCACUUCUGGUAACACUGUUUACAUGGCUCACACCAUCAGCCUUAAGACGCCCUCAAACAGUGCCGGCCUGGCUCCAGGGAGCAGCACUUUUGCCAUCCUCCUGCCCAGUCUGAUUGGAAUCUCAUUCACCAAAUUCCUUUCUUGAACUCAGCGCUUCUGCUUACUUCCAAAAAACUUCCCUCCUCAAACUGGAGAGAGGCAACCUACAAGGAGAGGUGAUGUUGACGUGAGAAGUUGAGAUCAUCCACUUCAGAACUGUUUGCAAGAUUGGAACAGGAAAGAAAUCUCAAUAAAAAACGAAUAAU